AUGUCGUCCCAGAAUCUGUCUCUAGGCUAGUGGGUGAAGCAGAUCAACAAUGCAAUUUUCUACCAACCGGAGGAUGAAGUCGCCUUGAAGGCUUUGAACGAGGACGUUGAUCCGAGUCUGGUAGUCAAGUAAGCCAUUCCAGCAGUGUAUAUUCUCAUACAUAAAUGAUACUUAACAGUAUUUUAGAAUCAAUCAUAGCCUCUUCAACUAUGAGGAGAUGAAGGGAGGCAUCUUGUACGUCCGUGGCAGUGGCGGCAUGACCCUCGACAGCGUCUCUGAGAUCUUGAAGUGGGACGACGCUGAGAAGCAGGGAGGUGUGGUCGUGCAUCUUACCACAUUUACUACAAAGAACAGUGGAACAAGACAGGAGGUUAAGAAGACUAGUUUGGUUACCUCUACGGUCAAGUGGAUUGAUGGUAGGAGGAAGAUUACUGAGCUGGUAGAAGUUGAGAUUGAGGAGUAG